AUAAAAGCAAGGUGAGAGAAAACGAUAGAGAGAGAGAGAGAGAGAGAGAGAGAGAGAUGGGGAGCAGUAGUUGCUCCUCCGGCAGCCCGCCGCUCAUCCCCGGCCUUCCCGACGACGUCGGCGUUCAGUGCCUUGCCAGGGUCCCUCGCGUCUUCCACCCAACUCUCUCUCUCGUCUGCCGCUCCUGGAAUUCACUCCUCCGAUCCCAACUCUUCCUCUCCACCCGCUCCCUCCUGCAAGCCUCGGAGCCCUUUCUCUACCUCCUCGUCCGCACCCACGACACUACCUCCUCGCUCUCCUGGUUCGCUCUCCACCACCAUGACCACUUUCGCCACACAUUCUCCCUCCCCCUUAUGCCCUCCACCCCCGUCGGCCCUGCCUGCGCCGUCCUCGGCACCAGGCUUUUCGUCCUAGGCGGCUCAGUGAACGAGAUCCCCACCCACACCGUCUGGAUCUACGAUGCGGUUCUCAACCGCUGGGACGCCGGCCCCAACAUGCGCGUCGCACGCGAAUUCGCCGCCGCCGGUGAGAUUGACGGCAAGAUCUACGUAGUAGGCGGCUGCCAACCCGAUUCAUGGGCCCGUUCGAACUCCUGGGCUGAGGUCUUCGAUCCCCAAGUGGGAAGGUGGGCGCCCGUGCCCAGCCCGAUCGAAAUUAGGGAUAAGUGGAUGCAUGGCAAUGCGGUGCUUGGCGGGAAGCUUCUGGCUAUGGCGGAUCGAGGCGGCGUCGCAUACGACCCGCGGACUUGCUCCUGGUCUUAUGUCUCCUGCGAGCUCGACUCUGGCUGGAGGGGAAGAGCGGCAGUGGUAGGCGGAAUUCUUUACUGCUACGACUAUUUGGGGAAGAUUAGAGGUUUUGAUCCUGAUGGCAAUCAGUGGAAGAAGCUAAAAGGAGUGAAGAAGAGGUUGCCGAAGUUCCUGUGCGGGGCGACGCUGGCGAACGUCGGGGGAAAGCUUUUCGUUGUGUGGGAGGGAAAUGGCAACGGUGGCAAGUAUAAGGGAACUGAGCUAUUCUGUGCAGAGAUUGAGGUAUGUAAGGAAGAGAGUGGGAAAUUGGUGGGUUCAAUCGUCUGGACUCAAGUUAUUCUUUCUCUCCCGAGAGGCGCUUCGAUGGUGCAGUGCUUGGCGGUCGCGCUCUGAUUCUUCGAAUAAGGUGGAUGGUUAUGGCGAGCCUAGGAGGGAUUGCUCUUUGAAUGAGCUUGUUUGGUUUCAGCUAUUUCAAUGUGGCAAGGGUGUCUUCAGAACUUAUCUCUGGAAGAUUCAUCCAACAUGUGCAUAGGAGAUUGAUAAAGAUUUCGUGUCCUUGUUUAGUAGAGAAGGUGCAGAGUGUACUGAUUUGUUUCUGCAAUUUAAUUUCCUGUCUUGGA